AUGCGGUCGACUUCGAUCCUGGUAGCACUGGCUGCCGUUGUGCUACAGGUAGCCAACUGCAGCCGCUUGACUCCGCCAGUGCUGCCGUUGAUGGUCCGGAACCCAUAUCUGAGCACCUGGCUUUCACAUGCAAGAGACGAUCCCUGGGAGCACUGGCCGCAAUUUUGGACCGGGGCGAGCGUUGGUUUCUCUGUUCUGGCCAGUGUACCUGGGGACAGAACGUCAUAUCCUCUUUUGGGACGGCCGCAGGACUCGUUGAGGGGCGACGAUGAUGGGUAUCGGAUUUCAUAUCCAAUCUACAAGGGAGCACAGUAUGACGCCUCGACCACCAACUUGUCGUAUGUGCUGCCUUCGCCCUCAUACGCAAACGAGAGUAUCGAGAUUACGCUGUCCUUCUUGUCCCCGAUCACACCAGACUCAACGGUGCGACAGGCUAUCCCAGCUUCAUAUUUCACUAUCUUCGUGUCUGGCCCAGUCGAUGUUGACAUCUACACUGAUGUUAACGGGCAGUGGGUCAGUGGCGAUCGUGGAAAGAGCGUGAUCUGGGGCUUGGACGACCACCACCUCGACGGCAAGCACGCACUCAAGAGUCUAUACAUGAGAAGGGAGCAUGAGGAGGUUCUCAAGGAAAUUGAAGACCGGGGCGAAUGGGGCACCCUGUACUUCACAGGUCCAGCAAACGUUCGCCAUGAGGUUGGCACAUCCGCUGAGCUUCGCCAGAGAUUUUCGCGAACGGGUACCUUACAGAACGAGAUCGACUCCCACUUCCGUGGCAUUAUGGAUGAGGAGCCCGUGUUGGCAUUCAGCGAACGGUUCCGAGCAAACGAGACCAGAAACGGCAACCCUCAGUUGGUCACAUUCACAUUCGCUCAUCUUCGCGACCCUGUGGCCAGGUUUGCGUCAGCUCGGGGCUCGACUUUGAUGAGACCUCUUUGGAAGUCCUACUUCCCCAGUAACGCUGAUGUUUUGACCUUUCACUAUGCCGAUUUCGAGCAUGCCAGCAUUCUAGCGUCCCUCUACUCCGACAGACUGGCCGACGAUGCUUUUGAAUCGGGCUCUGACGACUACAGGGACAUCGUGGCAGUCUCGGCUCGACAAGUGCUUGGGGCCGUCGAGUUUUCUGGUACUCCCGAUGAUCCGAUCCUGUUUCUCAAAGAAAUCUCAUCCAACGGCGACUUCCAGACCAUCGACGUCAUCUUUCCGGCAUUUCCUUUCUUCCUUUACACACAACCGAAAUGGUUGGCGUACCUGCUUGAGCCGCUCAUCGAGCACAUGCUGAGCGGACAGUACCCCAAUACAUACGCCAUGCAUGACCUGGGCGUGUUCCCGACCGCCGAUGGGCAUCCAGACGGUAACGACGAAUACAUGCCAGUCGAGGAGUGCGGCAACAUCCUGAUCAUGGGCCUUGCCUUGGCCAAUGCAAUGCGAGACGACACACAUCUUGCUCCGGCUAACUUCCAGACUGUCUCCGUUCCUACAAAUCUCGGAUUCACGCCACAGCAAGAAGGAAUCGUCUCGCUCAAUGUGGGAGAUGCCGGCGGCAUGCAAUUCAUCGACGCACCUUGGCGGGGAGGCGAACUCGGCAAGAAUCAGGCCAAGCAGUGGAUCUCCAGAAGUUACAAAUUGUGGAAGCAGUGGACAGGCUAUCUCGUGAAUUAUUCGCUCCGACCAGAGAAUCAGCUGUCCACGGAUGACUUUGCUGGUUGGCUCGAGCUACAGACCAAUUUGGCCCUCAAGGGCAUCAUCGGAAUCAAAGCAAUGGCUGGACUGGCUGAGAUGAUUGACGAGGAUGUAGAUGCGAAGAUAUACACGAAUAUCUCCUCGACCUACAUUAAGAAAUGGGAAGAGUACGGUAUCUCCAGGGACGGUACCCAUGCAAAGCUGUCUUACAAUUGGUACGGCUCCUGGACCAUCUUGUACAACCUCUACGCCGACAGCCUGCUGUGUUUCCAUCUCGGCGAUGGUAAGAGCGAUGGCAAGACUGAAGCAGGCUGGACCGAUCAUACGCCCGCCGUCGUAAUUCACGGCGACAAGCAGAAGCCUCUUAAGCCGAGGCCAAGCCCAAUAAAAGGUGACCAUGACGGCUUUGUGCCUAAGCACAUCUACCAAAUGCAGUCAGAUUGGUAUUACACAGUCCGCCAGAAGUACGGAGUUCCACUCGAUUCUCGGCAUAGGUACACCAAGACCGAUUGGGAGUUCUUCGCAAUGGCGGUCACGGCACCGCGGGUACGCGCUGAGAUCCUGCAGUCGAAAGCACUAUGGGUCAACGAGACCGCUAGCACGGACCCCCUGACCGAUCUGCACUGGACCAAUGGAGAUGGUGGCUCGUUCCAGCGCUUCAUGGCGAGACCCGUUAUUGGAGGCCAUUUCGCAUUCUUGACUCUGGAGCGCGCUUGUGAUGGCAGAGCCAUGGACGGCCUGAAAUUCUUGAACGACACCAUUGUUGACACUCUUGGAACGCAAGACUUUGAUAAGGAACUUGCGACGGAUGAGCAUUUCGACUGCAAAGUGCAGCAGCCCGAGAAGGACCCACGUGAGGAACUCUAG